ACGAUCCGGCUCAUAAAUAUAAGGAUUUUUCAGCUAGAAAAAAAAAAAAAAAAGUAUGGAUCUCUUUGAGUGAUAUUUAAAUUUGUUUAUUUUGAUUUUUAAUCCUUAUAUUCGUUUGAACUUUCAAAGAACAUCACAAAAAUUUCCAUAUAAUUCUCCAUCGCCUACAAGAGUUUUUCUUAGGGUUUCUAUCAUCUCAUCUCUCAAUCCAACGGUCCAAAAUGGAUCUCGAAGUCAUCGGCCGUCACGCGCUGCUCUUCGACGACGACGCUUUGGCAGCGUUCGUGAACUCGCCUGAGGCACUUGUCGAUUGGAACUCUCUCUCUAUUGACCGUUACGACGUCCGGCACCUCCUUUCCUCUCCUCCUCCUCCUCGCAAUCGCCACCACCGCCGGAACCAGCACCGUUCUCCCUCUCAUAACCUCGACGAUUCUCUCGAAUCUGACCUUGAUCAUGAACGCUACCUCGAUUUACCCUCGACUUCUGACGAUGAGCAAGAUUUAGAAACUGAAGCUGAAGCCAAGAAUGCUGGUGGCUAUAACGCAGUUGCCUUUUCAUAUGGAGCUCCUAGUGAAUUAUCUGAAGAAAAGAAUAUUGAUGCCAAGUCUAGCUUUCGUCCACCCUUCACAGUGCCUGAACACUUACUUCAGAACCUGCCUCCCACAGCGAAGGUGCACCAGAUCAUUGCCAGAACUGCCAUGUUUGUGAGUAAACAUGGUGCGCAGUCAGAAAUUGUUCUGAGAGUUAAACAGGGAGACAAUCCAACAUUUGGGUUCUUACUACCUGAUCAUAAUCUUCAUCCAUACUUCAGAUUUCUUGUUGAUCACCAAGAACUUGUGAAGUCUGACGUUGAUGGAAAAUCUAUAGAAGAAGUAAACAGAACUGAUGGUGGUCUUGAUCAGAUGGAUGUAGGUGGUGCAUUGUCAUUGCUUGGUUCUGUAUAUGGGUCUGGAGAGGAUGAAGAAGGUGCAACUGAGGAUGCCUUAGCACUGAAAACAGAUAGCUUUGAGCAAGUUGAUAAUGCUGAUAGUAUAACUUCCCAUGGAUUAGAACAAAACAAUUCGUCCUUAAAUGCAGCUGGGAAAGAUGAGGCCCUUUCCAACCCUCCAUUACCUUCUUUGAAAGAAAGGUCUCAUGUUAUUAAAAGGAACCAUGCCAUCAUUGCAGUCAAAUCUGGAACCACAAAUGGGAUAAAGAAAGAUGGUGAUGUGGGCUCAGUUUCCGCUAUGGUAAAUAAGUUGCAGCCUUCCAUUGUACCUAGCCUGUCCAAGUUUGAGCCAUCUGUUUUGGAGCCUCCCUCUGAUUUGAAAAGAGUGGUUGAUAAGAUAGUUGAGUUUAUACUUAGAAAUGGGAAAGAAUUUGAGGCAGUUCUUAUUCAGCAGGACACUAAGCAUGGGAGAUUCCCAUUCCUUCUGCCAUCCAACCAAUAUCAUCCUUACUAUCUAAAAGCUCUCCAAAAAGCUAAAGAGUCAAAGUGUGCUGGAAAAAAAGAGAAGCAUGAUUCAAUGGGGCAUGGGACGGAGAAGAAAACUGGAAACAAAGAAAGUGACAGUAUGUCCUUGGGAUCUGAUAUACCAUGUGAAUCUGACAGGAAAGAAAAAUUUAAAAUGGUGAUCGGAAAGUCAAAGAAAGAUGAGAAGGACCCUCCUUCAAAAGCCACCCAGCCACAAGUUGGAGUUAGUGUGGAUGCAACAGCUGCUGCUGCUAUUCUUCAGGCUGCCACAAAGGGCAUUAAGAAUCCCAAUUUAGAAAUCCUCUGGAAGACCUUAAGUAGCGCUGGUCAAGGUCCUAGCAGUGAAGGUGGAGGUAGCCUGCUUUCCUCUUGGCCGCAAAGUUCCAACCAGAAGCCAGAUAAAAAUGAGUAUAAAGCCAUUGCUAAAACAGCAGCUCUGGCAGCAGCAAGUGAGGCUGAUUCUUCAGAAGCAACCUUGACCAGAGAGCAGAAGUUAAAGGCUGAGAGACUGAGACGGGCUAAGAUGUUUGCAGCUAUGAUAAAAGGUGGAGCUGCACCAGUGAAGAGUGAAUCAUUGCGUGGGUUAUCUGUAGAACCAUCUGAAUCUGGGUUUUCUGGCUCAGAUUCUCAGGUUGUUCAUCUUGUGGGCGCAGAAGGGGAAGGUAGUUCAGCUCCGAUGGAGGUCGAUACUUGUAAUAAAAUUGAGAAAGCAGAAAAGAAAGGAUUGGCCGAUGAACAAAAUGAACGAAGAUCAAAAAGGAGCUAUCGAUCUAGAUCUAAAAGGGGUGAAGAAGAAGGAGAAGAAGAAGAGAAUUUAAAAGAAGACAGGGACAACAAGCACUCUAGGAAAAAGAGGCGAUCCCAUCGCUCAUCACAUCACAGCAGGGAUAGGCGUAAGCACAGGAAAAGACAUUCUUCUUCCCAGGAAAGAGAAUCUCAACAUAAGCAUGGGCAAGAUAGCUCUUCUGAAGAUGAGCAUCGGCAUUCUAGACAUAGGCACAAGCAUGACAGCUCCUCGGAUGAUGAGCAGAGGCAUUCUAGACAUAAACACAGGCACGAUAAUUCUUCAGAUGAUGAACUUAGGCACCCUAGGCGGAGGCAUAGGCGUAAUUCCCCUCGCGAUGACCAUAGACACACUGAACGCAGGCACAAGCACAAUGGAUCAUCUGAUGAUGAGCGAAUGCACUCUCGACGUGGCUGUAGGCGUGAUUCCAGUGAUGAUGAGUAUCAACGCUCCCAACAUCAGCGUAAUCAUGGUACCUCCUCAGAUAAUGAGGACCAGUAUCAAGCCAAAUCUGUAAAACAUAGAAAGAUCUCCCGCUUAGACAGAGAGGCGGAAUUGGAGGAAGGAGAGAUCCUUACAAAAUCUGAUCAAUCCAAAGUUAGUGAUGGUGAGGAAGGUGCUAGUAGGGAGCCUUCGGUUGAUUUAUCAAAAUCAUCUCAGCGCUCUGAAACUGCUGAAGUAUCUAAUGAACUUAGAGCCAAGAUCCGAGCCAUGUUGAUGGCAACUCUGUAAGUAGCUAGCACGCAUUUUCUAGUUCAGUUUUAUAGUGGUUGUAUUUCUUUUAAACUCUCGGGGCUACUUUUCUUGUAGAAAUUUUGUAUUUCUUAUAGAAAUUUUGUAUUGCCAGUUUCAUAUUUAUGAAGGGUUAUUUAACAAAGUUAUAUGGUUGAAACUUGGAACAAGGUUUAUAAUUCUUGUCCGACAAUUUUGUAUAGCCUGUAACAAUGCUAAAUUCCUGAUAUGCCUUUGUGUUUUU